GUGCUAUUCCUCCAGCCCCCUUCACAGCCACUGGGUACCUUCACUCUCGGUCCGCGCCGCCACCACACGGGCCACGGCGGUUGUGCACCGGCGGCCCGGGAGCACAAUGUGGGCGUGGUGGUGGGCGGUGGUGGCGUGGGCGUGCCUGGUGGGCUGCUCGGGUUGGUCUCCAGACGGGAUUAACUAUAACUUCGCAACCCCACAAAGGCGCUUCCCAGACUGGACCCUCACGUCUCCGAAGAACGUGAGGACACACCUGCACAGCAUGUGGGAGGACAGCUCGCCCAGCUACCCGCGCCUGCCUUCCACCGCCAUCCGGACGCCCAUGUCAGCGCCGCCGCAGCUACGCGACAACAGCCUCCUCCUUGGCGAAGACGAUUACGACGACGCCCCGAACAGCAUGUGGCUCGGUCAGUCCAGACUCCACCCACACCGCCGGGGCUCCACGUCCCUCGAGGGCCUCCAACACCUGCUGGAGGGAGAGGUGAGGCCCAGAGUGGAGCAGGUGGGCCCGCAGGGAGGCGCCGCGCGGGAGGAGGAGGGUACAAGCGGCGUCCCAUUCAGCGAGCCGCACCUGAGCCAACACCAGCUCUUCGGGGAGGACCUUGACAUGUUUCCUCGAGGCGGCGGCGGUGGAGGUGAACAGACCGUGGACCUUGCCAGCACCCCUGUUCAGCCGGCCGUCCUGGGCCAGUACAGCUACCGCCAGCCACACCUCGACACCCCAGGGACUCUCAGCAAGGACAUUCUGGGUCAGCUGGCCAUGGAGCCGCCGAGUCGCCACAGCCAGUUUCCUGGAGACUUCUUAGGUCAAUCCCAACUAAUGGAAGAAGAAGACCUUGAUCAGCUGCCGCCUGACCUCCUGCCUGAUGUCCAGUACUCCAAGACGUUGCCUAAAGAACUUAUCCUCAAGAACCUCCUGGUUGAGCCUCAGCUAAAGAAUGGUAACAGCCAGCCAGACAUGCUGGGCGGGGUCGCUGCCCCUGACUAUCCCGACCACGCAACCCUCCCAGACAUGCUGGCUAAUCACCGAGGCUUCGGGGAGUUCAUGCACCAGCACAGAUACGCCGAUACCAGCCAGAAAGACGAGCUGCACGGCCUGUCUAGGCACGGCGACGAGGACAGGACACCAGGAUGGCUGCCGUCCACGCUGUCUAGACUUAACGUGCCUUCCUCCGAUACUCUAAAAAAGACCUGCCACGCACGUCACCUGCACACCUGUGGGAGGAGGGUGAUUGAGGAGUUCUCCCACGAGCCGGACUACUCGGACACCUGCAGGAUCCGGGAGGAGUUUCUGGACUGCAUGGAAAAGGAGCAGAAGGAGCCGUGCCGCCUCCAGGGAACGCAUUUUACGCAGACGGGAACCCGUAACAUCAUAGACAGAAUUAAGAAGCUGUUGCGGUCAGCGCGUGGCUGCAUCCUCGGCCACUCGCCGUAACGCCCCUGCAGCCCCUCAGCCUCAAGGCGUGGCACGCAACCCCGUCAAGCGCCUCACGUCCCCAAGCCAAUGAGCCGCACUCUUCAGCCCCAGAUACGAGCAGCAGUGGCAGGAGUUUCGCAGCCCUAAGCCUGUGACCUCCAGCACGUCUCCACGGAUUUCAUAAUUUGAUAAAUGUCUUGCUGCCCUGCGACUCCCGUCCUUGUCCCGCCUCCUUUCCUCGAUCCCAACUACAGCGUCAGUCCUGUGGCAAGCCACAGCCUUGUCGACUUUAAAAACACUUCUUCUCUGUCAACACAGUAAGAUAUCAGUGGACUGCGGCGUCGCUAUCACGUCGUCCUCCAUUUUCUAGUCCAUAUCCGCUGCCCUGCCUCCUCAGGCCACCAGACACAGACGAGUGUGUUCCUCUUAAUUCCUGUCUAUAAGCUUCAAGUUUAUAUAUAUAUAUAUAUAUAUAUAUAUAUAUAUAUAUAUAUAUA